AUGAAGCUCUACGUCUACGCGGUGAGCCGCGGGCGCCACGUGCUCGUCGACUGGGGCGCGUGCGUGGGCACGGGCGUCGCGAACCUCUACGCGGCGCUCUUCCAGGACCGCACCGAGCUCGCCGCCGUGCGGACGGGCAAGGUGCCCCAGGCCAUCCGCGCGCCGGGCUGCCCCGGGGGCACGUGCGCGUCCAAGGGCUCGUGGCUCGAUAUAGGGAAGCGCGACGGCAGCUUCUUCCCCAACGAGCCCCCGGAGGAGUGGCUGCCCCCGGGCGCGCGCGUCGGCCACAAGAAGGGCGACGCGACCCACAAGAACAUGUUCCAGAAGGAGUGGGGCAUGUUCAUGGUCCACGGCGCCGUGCUCCCCUACGCGGAGCACUUUGCGGCGGGCAUGGUCGCCGCGCUGCGCGACGAGUGGCGGGAGCUCCUCGACGACUUCAUCCAGAAGGAGUUCCACCGGGGCGCGCCGCCGCGCGGCGCCGCGCGCCGGGGGCCCCACGACCGCGUCCACGUCGUCGGCGUCCACUUCCGCCUCGGCAACGGCGAAAAGUUCGCGCGCAUGCCGACGAACCACACGCACGUCGUGCUCCGGGCCGCGGCGGGCGUGAAGAAGGUCGCGGCGCAGCUCGGCUACGACCGCUUCCGCGUGCUCGUGGCGACGGACGACCCCGUCGCGCUCGAGAUCUUACGGAAGCACACGGACCUCGACGUCUUCGCGCGCGAACAGUGGCGGCCGCCCGCGGGCGCGGGCAUCGUGUUUUCCAGCUGGCGCGUCAAGGAGGUCGACAAGGACAAGUCCGUCGCGGCGCAGAAGGAGAUGACGGGCUCCGCGGACGCGUGCCUCCGGAACUCGGCCGACAUGCUCAUCGACUCGCUCCUCCUGGGCUACGCGGACGCGCUCGUGCUGCCCGUGCCGUCGACGUUCACGGUGCUGCCCAAGGUCAUGGCCCACAGCCGCGGCGCGCCCUACUGCGCCUUCCUCGGCGAGACGUGGCACGCGGCCGGGCUCCACGAGGAGCCCAUCGCCAUGACCUGCUUCCGGAAAGACGCGAAGACGGGCCACGCGUCGGACUGGACCCUCGGCUACGACCGCUUCCGCGUGCUCGUGGCGACGGACGACCCCGUCGCGCUCGAGAUUCUACGGACGCACACGGACCUCGACGUCUUCGCGCGCGAACAGUGGCGGCCGCCCGCGGGCGCGGGCAUCGUGUUUUCCAGCUGGCGCGUCAAGGAGGUCGACAAGGACAAGUCCGUCGCGGCGCAGAAGGAGAUGACGGGCUCCGCGGACGCGUGCCUCCGGAACUCGGCCGACAUGCUCAUCGACUCGCUCCUCCUGGGCUACGCGGACGCGCUCGUGCUGCCCGUGCCGUCGACGUUCACGGUGCUGCCCAAGGUCAUGGCCCACAGCCGCGGCGCGCCCUACUGCGCCUUCCUCGGCGAGACGUGGCACGCGGCCGGGCUCCACGAGGAGCCCAUCGCCAUGACCUGCUUCCGGAAAGACGCGAAGACGGGCCACGCGUCGGACUGGACCGUGGCCGUCGAGCCCCAGGGCCGCGCGUCGGCGCUCGGGGCCACCAAUUUAAUUCCGAUGGUCCAUCCCUUCGAGGCUGCCCUCGGCGCCCUCCCCAGCGAGCGCGCGCCCGAGGCGUCGUUCAUGGAAAGCCAGCCGAUCGUCCUCGGCGCGCGCACGGAGGCGCUCCUCGACCGCGCGCCUCAAAAGGCCGCGCCGCAGUCCUUCGCCGCGUGCCUCGGCGCCGACGUCGCGCCCUGGGCCGACGACGCGCGCGCGGAGCCCGACGUCGCGCGCGCGCGCGGCGCCGCGGUGCAGGCGGCCCUCUAUAAGACCGUCCGAAACCACGUCGAGGCGAGCGCGGCCGCCGGCUGCGCGCGGCGCCAGCCCGAGCGGCCGGCGCCGGCGUCGUGGGCGUGCCUCGGCGACGACGCCGCGGGCUCGCCCGACGACGCGCCGCUCGAGCUCGUCGCCUUCCUCGCGUCCCACGUCGGCUCCGAGGACCGCGUGGCGAAGCUCGCGCGGUGCCUCGCGUCCGUCGACGGCGCCGCGCUCGACGGCGUCUACCUGUCGUGGUCCGCGGACGCGGCCGUCGCGGCGGACGCGGCGGCCGUCGUCGACUUCUUCACGAGCCGCAUCCCGGGCUUCGCGGCGUCGCGCGUCGAGGGCCGGGCGAGCCAGUUCGAGCACUUUUCGCGCCUCGCGUUCGCGCUCGGCGGCGACGGCGACGGCGACGCGUGGGUCCUCUUCUCGGACGACGACGACGUCUGGCACCCGGACCGCGCGACGGCGUACCGCGCCGCGGCCAACGCGGCGCGCGCCGACGCGUCCUGCGUGGUCUGCUCGCGGCUCGCGCGGCCCGCGGGCGGCGCCGCGGCGCCCGCGGACGCGGCCGCGGUCGCGGCCGCGGUCGCCGCGGGCCGCGCGGCGACGACGGACGCCUACGACGAGUACUUCUCCUACUGCUGCCGCCGGCGCGUCCUCGACGCCUUCUUCGCCGUCGCCACGGAAGACCUGCGCCGGUGCCAGUACUGCGACGUCGCGUGGUACCGCUACCUCACGAGCCGCGAGGCGUCGCGCGCGUUCGCGCCGCGCGACGCGCGCAACUGGCUCUACUUCUACGACAAGACCGCGAGCGGCGCGUCCGCGCGCGUCGAGGUCCGGGAGCAGCACCGCGCCGUCGCCCGACGCGUCGCCGACGCGGACCCGGAGGGCGCGCCGCCCGCGGCCGUCGUCGCGCGGGUCCUCGCCGCGCGCGACAACGCCGCGGAGCUCUACUGCGCGUGCCACGUCGGCGCGCCGACGGCCCUCGCGGGCGCGCCCUUCCUCGACGACGGCGAGGCCUUCGUCGGGGCCCAGCUCGCGUCCCUCGGCGUCCUGCCCCGCGCGCUCCUCGACUGGCUCCGGCCGACGCACCGCGACGCGCUCUUCUUCGCCGCGUCGAACUUCGGCGUCGCCUUCGAAGCCGAGGCGACGGCGCGCGGCGACGACGCGCUCGAGUUGCCGGUCCUGCUCGCGGCGUGCAUCGCGGCGCUGUGCCUGGCGACCUUCAUCCGGUUCGACGCCUCUUCGCCGGAGCAGCCCGAGGCCGCGGCGCACCCCGCGCCGCCGCCGACGACGGGUGCGCCGCCGGAGCGACGCGACGCCAUGCCCGCCUUCUACGACGACGGCAGCGGCGCGCCCAUCGUCGACGGCCUGGAGCGCUGCGCCGCGUUCCGCGCGGCGAGCUCCGACGCGCGGCGGCCGGCCGUCGCGGGCCUCUUCGACGCCGGCACGAACCAGGGCAGCAAAAGAGAGCGAAAUUCCCAACUUCAAAGGCUCCUAUCUCGGCCGUUUUCCACUCGCACGAACCUCCUCGCGAAGCUGCUCCGCGCGAACUGCGUCCUGCCGCGCGAGUGCGCCGGCGUCGCGACGCGCGGCGCGCCGGGUCACUCCGACGCGUCCGCGGUCGAGGCGGAGAUCGCGCUCUUCGCCGCGUUCCACGGGACGCGCAAGGGCGACCGGCUCCUCGCGGGCUGCGCGCCGUUCCUCCCGCAGGUGCCCUGGGGCAAGCACAACCCCUACUCGCACGCGGGGCGCCACCGCGCGCCGAGCUACGAGCGCGUGAAUUCGUCGGAGGUGCUGCCCGUCGUCGUCGCCAAGGACCCGCUCGCGUGGGUCGGCUCCGUGUGCCGCGAGCCCUACGCGUUGCGCUUCGCCGGCGGCGCCUGCGCCGCGGUGGGCGACGUCGCCGCGCCCUGGCCCGCGGGGCCGCGGACCUACGCGAGCCUCUUCGACCUCUGGGCCGCGUGGCACGGCGAGUACCUCGACGCGGCGACGCCGCGGCUGCUCGUGCGCUACGAGGACCUCCUCUGGCGCGGCGAGGCGACCGUCGCGGCGAUCUGCGCCUGCGUCGGCGGCGACAUGGCUCCAGCCUUCGACGCCGUCGCGGCGAGCGCGAAGGACGGCGGCCGCGGCCACGCGGACAAGGCGCGGACGUCGCGCGGGGACGCGCUCCGCCGCUACGGCAACGCGACGCUGCGGCGCGCCGGGCUGUCGGAGGCCGACCUCGCCGCCCUCGCGCGGCUCCCGGACGCGCGCCUCCUCCGGCGCUUCGCCUACGACCGGGGCUACCGAUAG